AUGUCCCGACAGUGAGUUGAGGAGCUGUGAUUGUGUUAUAUAAUUUAUUUGGAAUAGGCUACCAGACAGUAGCCUGUGAGUUUGGAGUCAAUAAACCGUAAAUUCGAGAACUGGUGUGGAUACAAUAAUAUCGAGGUGAUAAGAGUAACCACCUUUUUUACCGCCAAGAUGUCCAUGCUGCGCUGCUCGCGCCCUCGAAUGGCAACAUCCGGAACGCGGCCGAUCAUUGACGUCAUCCUCACCUUGAUGAUUUGCUCAACAUAAAGGUUUUCAGAUCAACAAGGACAAACAUUUUAUAAACACUUUUUUUUUUACUGAAAUCUUUGGACAGUCUUUGCAAAGUAUGUUCACAAAUAGAACAGCAUGGUUCUCAAAUAGUGUGAGAAGAGGAAGCCGUUGGUUUUGGGUAUCAGAGGGUGGCGGUAUUACAAGUUGGGAGACUGCAGACUACCUUUUCAGUGAGGAUGCCACCUGUCCUGAUACAGAAAGGAUAUUUGAGAGUGUGGACUAUGCUGAGAACAGGCUAACAGUUUUUCACAGCUUCUAUCUAGCUGCCUGUGAGAAAUGCCACAGUGUCAAGUCAGUGUGCAUUGGUCAUUAUGUGCUGCCUCCAGUCUCUGUCCAGGAGGUGGUGAAAGCAGUGGUUGGGAGAUUCAUUUGGGAGCAGGAGGAUAAUGCAAAGGCUGUUGAUACAGAGGAUUCAGAUGACAGACUGGCGUUGGGAAAUAGGCAGAAGGAAGAGGAAUACAGUGGAGGUUGCUGUGAUCACACAGACAUCAAUAGUUGCCAUGCGGUACCCUUUCUGGAUCCUCCGGAUACUCCACAAAGAGAGGGUGCUCUGUGUUGUGAAGUACAACAUUACCCAGUUAAUAACAUGGUUACAGGGUAUGUCAGUAUUGAUGAACUGAGGACUUACUCAGGAGAACUUCAAGACUUCCUACCAGGCCAUUGUGGUUCUUCAGUCUCUAAAAAAAGGCGCUCCACAGUAGAUAUUGCUUAAUGUCAUAUUACAAGGAUACAGAUCACAGGGACAAUUUAAGAGUAACACUUUUUAUUGGAGAAGAACAAAUACACUAUGGGAUGUUAAAUGGAAGAUUUAGCAGGAUCGCUAGACAGUGUUGUCCCUUUUUCACUAUUCACCAUUGUUUUAGUUGUUGAAUUAUAAAAAUAUAUAUAUAUAUUUUACCUAUUGAAUUAAAGAGUUUACGUACA